CUGUUUAGUUUUUGGUUGUAACUUUUAUGUUGUCGCAGAGUUAACAAUAGAGACCGGUCUGUCAACCGAUUUGAUAAAUAGUUCAUAGACUGCUACGAUUGGGAAAAUUGGGGAAACUCAAAUAACAACAAAGGACACAGGACGCACACACAUCGAAUCCCUCAAUAAGCCGGAGCUCGAAAAUAGAAAAAUCGAAGUGGCCUAAAUGUCAAGGACACGGGAGCGUCGAGCCACAACAUUCAGUCGAUUUGAAGAACUACGAGAGUUGCGACAAAAAAGCUUUAAAUCGGAAAAUAAUUAAUAUUAAAAAAGAAGAUAUAUAUAUUUAAUAAAAUUUAGAAAUUUUAGAAAGCCGCUAUGUCGAACCCCACACACGUAAGACCUCCAAACAACAACUUGGGAUCUUUGUCAUCCAACUCAGUCUCAUCGUCCUGUUCAUCACCUGUUUCUGUAACAGUACAACCGGCUGGAAAUGGAUCCAAUGCCACAUCGACAUCAUCUAGCUCCUCCUGCACCUCAGGAGGGGUCAUGUCAAAGGACAGAACCGGAUUACCGCCAGUUUAUUUAAAUCUUAAUGAUCACUCUGGUAAGGAUCAGAGCCAGUCGCAAUCCUCCUGCUCACCCCUGCAGCACUGGGACGAUGCCCGUACCGCUGAUGUCUGGCUCUCAUCGCUCCACAGCGUCAUCUUCAUUAUCACUUGCGCCCUGGCCGCCUUUAUUCUGUUUCGCAACGUGCUCACCUGGCACUUGCAGAGCUUUUGGGGCGCCUCCGGUGACUUUUGGCAGGCACAAUGGGACAAGUUCAUCGACUCAUUCGGUGAUGAACCCAUGGUUCUGUGGGUUUUUGGGACCACCAUCUUCACAAUGAUAGUCUACUGGAGCGUUGGGACCCUCUACACUUUCAUGGAUCUGACCAACAGGCCGGCCUGUCUGCGAAAAUACAAAAUCCAACCGGGAACCAAUGAACCCGUUGAAGUGCGACGCCUUCUAAAGGUAAUUUGGUGUGUGGUUUGCAAUCAGAUUUUUGUGGGCCUGCCUCUCGCCUAUGCCAGCUACCGACUGAUGGAGAUCCGCGGCCUGAGCGACAUUCGGGACCUGCCCACAUUCCACUGGGUCUGCUUCGAGCUGACCGUCUGCAUCCUAAUGGAGGAGCUGGGCUUCUACUACUCCCAUCGCCUGCUGCAUCACAAGCACAUCUACAAGUACAUCCACAAGCAGCAUCACGAGUGGACGGCUCCCAUUUCGGUGACGGCGAUCUAUUGUCAUCCCAUCGAGCACAUCUUCAGUAAUCUGCUGCCGCCCUUCAUGGGUGUCUUUCUGAUGGGCAGUCAUGUGGCCACCGCUUGGCUAUGGUUUGCUCUGGCCAUUCUAUCCACACUGAAUGCCCACUCGGGCUACCAUCUGCCAUUCUUUCCCAGUCCCGAGGCUCAUGAUUUUCAUCAUUUGAAAUUCAACAACUGUUUUGGAGUCCUGGGCGUUUUGGAUCGCCUUCAUGGCACUGAUUCCCUAUUCCGGGCCACCAAAUCCUAUGCCCGUCACAUAAUGAUGCUCAGCUUUAAGCCACCACGUGAUGCUUUUCCCGAUUCCACAAUGAAAUGAUUUUCUUCUCUAGUAUCUGUGAAUAAAAAUUAUUUAAUUGUGAUAUUGAGACCAGGAUAAUCCUAUUUUGUACACCUCAUACACUCCUUAAAGAAGACACGCCCCUAAGAGAAAUAAAUAAAGCGUUAAUGUAAAUUAUAAAAUAAAAGAAAAAAU